AUGGCCAUUUCAGAAAGCUCCCAGAAUGCAGGCCCUGUUUCUAUCACUUCUAUCUUAAAGCGUCUCGCAUACCCGGUGUCGGCUGACACCCAGGUCAACGCAGAGGAGAUUGCUUCUGUAUUUGCUCUCAUCUUUGAGAACAGGCUGGGAGAAGUCCAAAUGGCGGGGUUUCUGACUCUUCUGCACUCGACAGGCAAAGAUAAGGAAUCUGAUGUCAUCGCAAAAUGUGCUCAACGCAUGCGAGAGACGACUUGCCAGAUUGAGAGAGCGCCGUUGGAAAGAGUGAUCAAACUUCGUGGUCGGCCGGAAGGGAACUACAAGGGUGGACUGUGCGAUAUCGUUGGAACCGGUGGAGAUUCCCAUUCGACCUUCAAUAUCUCCACAACAUCCUCAAUCCUUGCUUCGCCCCUCUUGAUGAGCGCCAAACAUGGAAAUCGCGCGUCAACUUCACUUUCCGGAGCCGCUGAUAUCCUGAAUGUGAUUGAACCUAUAUCUCCAAAGAUCUCUGCUAUCAAUACUGGUAAUGUGGCUAAGGUGUAUGAAGAGACCAACUAUGCUUUUCUAUUUGCUCCUAACUUUUAUCCGGGAAUGGCAUACGCCAGCUCCGUGCGUCGCGACCUUGGUCUGCGCACCAUCUUCAACCUGAUGGGUCCUCUGGCGAACCCUGUGGAAUGGGCGCUAGAGGCACGAGUUGUGGGCGUGGCCUAUCAGAGCUUAGGUUCAGUCUUUGCUGAGGCCCUUCGCCAAAGUGGAGCCCGGAAGGCCCUGGUUGUCUGCGGCGAGGAGGAUCUAGAUGAGAUCAGCUGUGCGGGCAAGACAAACUGCUGGAGACUCUCUGAGGAUCCGAGCCCUAGCUUGGAUGCCUCAUCAGAGGGCGGUUCAGGCGACGACGGGAAGCAGAUACCUCAAACUUCCGUUAAACUCGAGACCUUCCAGCUUCACCCUUCUGAUUUCGGCUUGCCAGUGUACCCUCUGACUGCCGUGCACGGCCGCAAAAUGCCUGAGGACAAUGCUGCGAUGCUCAUGCGGAUUCUUCGAAAUGAGCUUCCGCGCGAUGAUCCGCUCCUGGCAUUUGUCCUCAUCAAUGUGGCUGCUCUGUUGGUCACUUCCGGCAUUUGUGAAGCAAACAGUAGCGACAUGGGCUCUGGAGAUGACGGUCAAGUCAUCACCGAGCGUGGUCCCGGCGGCGGUCGUUGGAAAGAAGGUGUCCGCCGAGCACGCUGGGCUGUUGAGAGCGGCGAGGCUCUCAGGAACUUCCAGAAGUUCAUUGAGGUCACCAACAAACUCGAUUGA